AGAGGUUUAUAUUUUAUUUCAAACAAUAACAUCACAUUGGCAGAUGUGUCAGUGUGUUUCUUUUAAUUCAUCAAACCGCUGCUCUUCCUGCUCUGAGUCAAAGCCUGAUAACCCUCCCUCUUCUUCCUGCUCUCAAACACAGCCAGCUCCACUCUGUUCAUGUAUUUCCUUGUUCCCUCCCCUUCAGAUCUACAGUUUGAAGAUGGGUGGAACCAACAUGUGGUAGAGGCCUGUUCACUGCAGAGACACAUGUUGUUCAGAUCAGAGCUCAAACUAGUUUCAUUUCUGAGGAAGUGAAACUCAGACAGUCGUUGACACUGAGAGGUGACAUGGCGCAGAAAGGAGUUCAGUUGGACCGGGAGACCUUCUCUUGUUCCGUCUGUCUGGAUCUACUGAAGGAUCCGGUGACUAUUCCCUGUGGACACAGCUACUGCAUCAGCUGUAUUAAAAGCUUCUGGGAUGAAGAGGAUCAGAAGAGAAUCCACAGCUGCCCUCAGUGUAGGCAGACCUUCACACCGAGGCCUGUCCUGGUGAAAAGCACCAUGUUAGCGGUUUUAGUGGAGGAGCUGAAGAAGACUGGACUCCAAGCUGCUCCUGCUGAUCACUGCUAUGCUGGACCUGAAGAUGUGGCCUGUGAUUUCUGCACUGGGAGAAAACUGAAAGCUGUGAAAUCCUGUCUGGUUUGUCUGGUCUCUUACUGUGAGAAACACCUGCAGCCUCAUCAUGAUGUAGCUCUGUUAAAGAAACACAAGCUGGUGGAGCCCUCCAAGAAGUUCCAGGAGAACAUCUGCUCUCGUCAUGAUGAGGUGAUGAAGAUGUUCUGCCGCACUGAUCAGCAGUGUAUCUGUUAUCUCUGCUCUGUGGAUGAACAUAAAGGCCACGACACAGUCUCAGCUGCAGCAGAAAGGACUGAGAGGCAGAGAGAGCUCCAGCUGAGUCGACAACAAAUCCAGCAGAGAAUCCAGGACAGAGAGAAAGAUGUGAAGGUGCUUCAACAGGAGGUGAAGGCCAUCAAUGGCUCUGCUGAUAAAGCAGUGGAGGACAGUGAGAAGAUCUUCACUGAGCUGAUCCGUCUCAUGGAGAAAAGAAGCUCUGAUGUGAAGCAGCAGAUCAGAUCCCAGCAGAAAACUGAAGUGAGUCGAGUCAAAGAGCUUCAGGAGAAGCUGGAGCAGGAGAUCACUGAGCUGAAGAGGAAAGACGCUGAGCUGAUGCAGCUCUCACACACAGAGGAUCACAACCAGUUUCUACACAACUGCCCCUCACUGUCACGACUCAGCGAAUCUACAGACUCAUCCAGCAUCAAUAUCCGUCCUCUGAGAUACUUUGAGGACGUGACAGCAGCUGUGUCACAGCUCAGAGAGAAUCUACAGGACAUUCUGAGAGACACAUGGACAAACAUCUCACUGACACUGACUCAAGUGGAUGUUUUACUGUCACAACCAGAGCCCAGGACCAGAGCUGACUUCUUAAAAUAUUCACAGGAAAUCACACUGGAUCCAAACACAGCAAAUACAUAUCUGUUAUUAUCUGAGGGAAACAGAAAAGCAACAUUAAUGAGUCAACAACAGUCUUAUUCUAGUCACCCAGACACAUUCACUACAUAUUUUCAGGUCCUGAGUAGAGAGAGUCUGACUGGACGUUGUUACUGGGAGGUGGAGUGGAGAGGAGGAGGAGUUUAUGUAGCAGUCGCAUACAAGAAUAUCAGCAGAACAGGGAGCUCAGAGGAAUGUAGAUUUGGAUUCAAUCAAAAAUCAUGGUUGUUAUAUUGUAACCAAGACAGUUUCUCAUUUUGGUUCAACUACAUCAGCACUCCAGUGUCAGGUCCUCGGUCCUCCAGAGUAGGAGUGUACCUGGAUCACAGAGCAGGUGUUCUGUCCUUCUACAGCGUCUCUGAAACCAUGACUCUCCUCCACAGAGUCCAGACCACAUUCACUCAGCCUCUCUAUGCUGGACUUGCACUUUACUGGUAUGAAGACACAGCAGAGUUGUGUAAACUGAAAAAGAGAGAAGUGAGUUCAAAUGUGUGUUUGAGUUCCUAAAUGUAUUUUGUGUCUUUGUGUUUGUUGCUGAGUCAUCGUCAGCACUUUGACCUCUUCUGGUUUCUUGUUGUGUUGAUGUUGGAGUUUCUUUAGGUGGAGCUGGAGCCAUGGAGGAUUUCACUGCUCAGGAACAUUUGUGUUGAUGUGUUUGUCUGUUGUUGUUUGGGCCUUAACAGAGAAAUCACCAGACCUUCCUUUAUCACAGAUGUGUUGUUCUCACUGUGUAAAGACAGAAAUCUAUAAUUACAUUUACAUUUAUGUGUUUGUCAGAUCAAAUGUUGUUGUUGUUCAAAUCCUUGUUUUUAUCAGUGAAUUCAAGAUGUAUAAUUUCGUUCCACAGAGCUGACAUACUGGUUUACAGAGUGACUGCAAAUUUGAUUGACUUUAUUUCCUCUUAAUUUGUUUGGAACGUGUUUCAUUAAGUAAAAGUCAUUAUUGUGACACUUUGUAGAAGGUGGUGAGAGAAACAUUGACCAGGGUCUUUUUCUGAGCUGUGAUGCUUAUUUGCAAAAUUAAGAAAGUGAUUUUAUUUCAAAGAAUAAUAAAAAGGAAAUGAUCAGUGUUUUAGAAAUUCUAUCAAAGCUUCUGGAGAUGAUGUUAAACUCAUCUGUGAAAAAGUUUGAUUAGUGAAACGUCUUUACAGCUAAAACAAAUGAAAUGACUGUAUGAGCAGUUUCAGAAAGUAAAGAAAAAUCCUGUAAUUAACUGAACUGGUUAAAAUGUAUAAAUAGUUUUGAUUCA